AUGCCGCAAUGUACGAAUCAGGAAUGCAUUUCCGAUUGUAUAAAAGCAUGCUCAAAGCGUUGCGGAAUGCCCAAUGAAGUACAGACUGCUCCUGCUGUCGAGACAAGUCCGGCAGCUGACCCUUUGCCGACAUUUCUACCAGCCCCUAGUGCUCAGGCACAGCUACAGCCACAACCCGUGUUACCAGCUGUAACUGAACCGCAACCAUUACCCCAGCCAGUAGAAGUGGUCCAGCAGGCUCCAGCAGUUCAGCCGCCCCCCGCACUACCCGCACAGCCUGCAGUUCAGCCACAAGAAGCAGUAAUGACACAGCCAGUACCGCUUCCACAGUCGAAUGCGGUGGUCCAGCCACUUGCACACCCAGUUAUAACUCUCCCAUCUUCUCAAUCACUAACUCCAAUGAGUUGUACACCAACUUGCGAGCACACUUGUCAUAAGAUAUGUCCGACGAAAGUUUGUCUCAGAAUCUGCCUUCGUUCCUGUCCGAAUGUUUGCCAAAACUGUUGCUCACCGCUCUCCAUACCUAUAGUUCCGCGCCCAAUUGUUAUCACGUCACCACCUCUCCCUCCAAUGACUUUGACACCCACAUUAACACCAAUGACGACCUUAGCUCCACCGCCUCCACCAACACUUCCGUCUAGCAUCCUUCCGCCACAGCCAACACCUCUGCCACAACCCGUACCAUCCCCCGUACCUGGGCCACAAUCCGUGGCAGUACCAGCGCCUCACCCCAUUAUUCUCCAAGCAUCCCCUAUCGCUCCACUG